UUUGUAGCUGAAGGAAAUGCCUCUGUCUCAGGGUGAAAUCCCACGGUCAUCCUGCAGCAGAAAGCUUUGCAGGAACCUCUUUGGGCCAGUGGAUCAUGAACAGCUCCAGAAUGAUUUUCAGUCCAUGAUGAAGGCGGAAAGGGAGGAGGCUCAGCGCAAGUGGAACUUUGACUUUGAAACAGAAUCCCCACUUGAAGGGGACUACAAAUGGGAGAAGGUCUCCCAUAUCAAAGUGUUGUCACCUCAAGAACUGCUGAGCCACUCAAAAGAGAACAGCUGUGUUGGAGACAACAGCCUGAGCUCCCCUGCAGUUCUCAAAAUACAUGCUAAGACAGACAGUCCUGGGCAGCGGAGCUUUGAGGCUGAGUCGUCAAGGCAUUUGAAAAGAAAGCAGACAAGCAUAAAAGACUUCUACAGCUCAAAAAGGAGAACUAUCCCAUACAAAUCAAAUCCAUGAUGCAGCAGAGCAACCACAAUACUUCUUGCAGUUUCUUUGCUGAGGAUGCUGUCUUCACUAUUAGCUGAAAUGGCCUAACUGGGCACCACAUCCAAUGGAGUCACCAAGACAGUUGUUUGAAGAAGCAGUUAAUUGAAGUUGGGACCUUUGCUCUGAAUGACUUUUGCUGGCCUCGUAUAUUACGUAAAACUGCAUAGUGGAUAUAACACUUGGGAAGAUUGUAGAACCCCUUCUCUUAUUUAUUAGUAGUACUGGAGACUGAUGUGCAAUGUAGUAUUGUAAAGCAUUAUCUUUAAAACAGUUUUAAUGUGGCUGGGGAAGAAAAUAUGUUUAAGUGCUAACUUCAGUGAGCUAGCAUGAUGCUUGCAAUGAAGGAUCAGUGCAAGUUCUGGCUGUGGCUGAGAAUUCUGCCUAGCACAGUAGCCAUUUGCUGUCUUUCAUAUAUUUGCCUCAGGUAAAAGAUUGCUUGUAUUCUGUCAUCCACUUGCAAUUUUUUCACAUUCCUUUUCUUUCCUGAAGCACUCUUAUACCUGAAAUAGUCUUUCCUAGGUUGCAGGAUCUGUGCAGAGGAACAACAAUGAAGGUCAAUGGGCUGGAUUCAUAUUUGAAAUCAACCCCUUUCUUUAGCAGAGUGAUACUUGCAGAAGAGGAGUGAUUUCACGUCCUUGGCUUCCUUUUUUCAGCUCCUCUCAGUUUGUGCAGCUGUUUCUCCAUGUACUGCUAUAACCAGGGGCCAUGAUCUUCUCAGGGAAAUGGCUGCAGCAAUACAGGAAAAUUAGGUGUUCAUGCAUGGAGUGGUAGGAUACUGACCAGUAUCUUUACAGGGUGCUUUCUUUUAUCCUUCUGUGUUAACAUGACAAUUGUUGGUGGGGAGUGAAGAGAAGGACUGACUUAAGUGUAGCAGGCUAAUUGUCCUCUUGUGAAGGUGGAAGCCUUGGUUUGGUGGGCAGUAGAUGUCCACUUAGCCAUAGCUUUGCAAAUAGACAUUUGGAUUGGGGUUCCUUGCUCAAAUAGUACUGGAUGGCACCUAAUAAUUAUAGCUUUGUUGCUCUACUGCACAUUUUGAACCUUUUCAUAGGUAAAAUGGUCAAGGAAUAUGGAUUUUUAUCUUAGUGCAAGUCUAGGAGUAACACUAGCCCAGGAAAAGAAAUGUAGACCAUACUAGCCCCGAGUCUCUGAAGUAUACCUCACUACCUUCUCUGAGCUUCCUUUCAGAAAAAAAAACCAUAUUGGGAUUGUUUAUCCAAUGUAGUCACUGUACCUGAUUUUUGUACAAAUCAGACUUCUAGCACCCUUAAUUGUUCUUUGGCCUUAAUUGCUCUAAACUAACUUAAAACUGAAUGACCAGCGACUGAGGUUGUUGUGACAUGGCUGAGGCUUUAAAUUGUCCUGUCUUCUCCCCUAGGUAAACUCCUGCGCUUGGGAUGAUAAGGAUUUAAUCCUGUGGACUUUCAUUAACUUCCACAGCUACCUGUGUUCUGCCCAGCUGUGUUGAAAGACCAGGGCAUGUUUAAUCUUAUUGAAGAAAUUGGCACUUUACCUCUUAAUACUGCAGCCCCAUUAUUUUCUCAGUAUGAGAAUUGAAUUCAGAGGGUUUCACGCUGUGCUUGAGGUGGAUUGGUUGCCACUGGUGUCGGAUAAAACCCUCAGGAGUUUAAUGCUGACUUUUGAAAUGAAGGCUUUAGAAAUUCAGAGUCCGCAUUUCUAAAGGCGCUAUGCAAGCCACAGCUGUUACUGUGACUUGCCUCUUUACAGUAGGCUCUUAUUUUUUCAUGUUCCCAGCAUGGUGUAAUUGGGAUGGUAUUUCCUUCUGUCCAUAUCAUGUGAGCUCUGCUUUAUGAACUUCUCCUUAGUGAAAUAAGGAGCUGGAAUUAGGAAGCAGACUUCAAACCUCUGAAGACACACUUUUGUUGUGGUUACUGAAAGGUAACAUUCCACUUGCCUGCUUCUGUGUUGCAGGGAAAAUAGUUGGGGUAACUACCGGCUUGUUCAAUUUUGCAACUUACUGGCUUGCUCAGUUUUAAAUUUGACAAACAAUGCAAGUGUGUUUUGUGUAGCCUCCCCUUUUUUGUGUGUACCCCACCCAGAGUCUAGGCAGUGCAAAAUGGGGGAUGGAGUCAAGCAUCUGAUGAAUUAACAGGGUAAUAGUGGAGGGAAUUAUACAGGAGCAAGAACUGAAGGACUACUAGCUAUAUUAUGUUACAGAACAUAUUAAAAGACCUUGUGUUUUUAAGCAAGUUCUCAAAAUAGCUGUGCUUUACACAGCUCCUCUGAGUAUUGAGGGGACCAUCUUGUAAGGUUAUUCAGGGGGUUGUCUUACCAGUACCCUUUCUGUACAGAAACCUACAGUGGUUGGGCUAUGUGUGUGGUGUUCCAUACUGCACAACAAUGUAUGGUAAAAGCCAUCCUAUCCAAAGCACAGACAUGGGCACUUUUAAAAAAAAUAAAGCCAGUUAAUCUGCCUAUGGCUACCUGACCACUUUGGUUGGAGUUGCCAUGGCCUGGCUGCUUUGACCAUUGCACUUUUGCAAUCAGGGUAAUGCUAGGAUGCUGUCAGCACUAAUCCAUUUGUGAAUAUAAUGCUGCUGUGUUAAAUAGUUUAAAAAUAAAAUGGCUUCAUUGUGGAGCAAUA